AUGAGAAGUCGGCGGUCGACCUAUACCUCGAUCUACAAUAGUUCCGAUGUUGAUUCCGAACAAUUUGACCAACCAAAUGACAUAAGAGAUGCAACACUCUCUUCAAAGGGGAAGGACACUAAUGUUGCUGGUGAUGGCUCUUUAACGUCAGAUAUACAGGAGCUUCGCAAUAAGGUCGUAGAGCUCAGAAACCAAGAAUUAAAAAAGAUACUUGCCACGCGCGAUUCCGUGCUAAAGCACUUGUUCUACAUGAAUUAUAUGUUAAGUAAAUCGGAUAGCGUAGAGACUUAUACUGAAAUAAUCGACAACGUCAGCGAGAAGGUGGAUCAAGCGAAAUUACGAGAUUUCUUGCAAAGUCACAAAUUGGACCUCGAGAAAAUAAUGGAUCCCGAAAAAAGCACCAAAUCCAACAGCUCCAUAAUUGUCAAUCCAAAUGCUGCAAUCCCAAAUACCCCGGAACAUUCGCAAAGUACUCUACCAAUAAGUAACAAUCAAACCCCUGUUGACCAAACCACACAACCGAAGAAACAAAAAAGAGUAUCACUUCCUCCGGUAGAAAGAAUGGUGACUCGUGCGGCAAGCGGUGCAAUAAACCCGAAAAGUGUGGACGAAAUUCUCAAAGACGCGGAGAGACUGGGCGGUUUUGCUUCUUCUUCCGCACUUUCAGCGCCUCCGACCCCAGUAAAACUAAAUUUGCAGCCAAAGAAGCAACCACAGCAAAGGGCUGCUUCUGUCAUGUCAAGAAAUGGUGAGGGGAGACAAACGGCGAAUAUCACAAUGGGAAGGAGCUUCGAACACGCACAAACUCGAACAAUCGAUCGGGAAUCACUUAUUUCAAACUAUAACAAUCAACCUAUCUACAAGUUGUUUCAAAAUCCCAAAAAAGCUCUGACAACAGAAGAUUGGACGGUUGCUCGUGAAGAAGUUAAAAUGGUACGAGUUUUGGAACGCAUCGAUCAUUUAAAGAAUCAAGGACUCUGGAGUUUUCAGCAGAUUGAACCAUUCAGAGAUCCCCCAAGACCUUACACCCACCGCGAUUAUUUGCUCGACGAAAUGGUAUGGAUGCAAAAGGAUUUUAAGAAAGAGCGAAAAUGGAAGAUAGCCGCCGCAUUUCACAUGUCACGUUGGGUAAUGGAUUGGCAUGAGAGCAAAGAUGACAAAGAAAGAAGAGAUGCAUUGUGCGUCAAAGUUCGUAUUCCUCAUAAAAUUCCAUCAAAGCGGAAUGUUGAUGAGCGCGAAAGUACUCAAGAGGCGUCAUCUGAUGCCAAUGACGAGGUCAAACCAGAACCCGUUGAUGAUGCACGCGAUCUGAAUGACCUUCCAACAAACCAAGUCAAGUGGUCAUCAUCUUCGGAUGAAGUGAUGAUUGACGUCGAGUCAGUGGAUGAUGAGGCGUCGACAACCAAUAACAUUGAUCAAACAAAGGACAAUGAUGCCAUUAUAAUGCCACCCCCAAUAGCCCCUAACGUUUUACAAAAUCUACGACAAAAAGUUACCUCCCUAUCAGCCGACGCAUUUUUGUGUUGCUUGGAAGGACCGGAUGGUCAGGUUUAUGAUGUAGAUUCAAUAUUUCCGGAUUUGCCCACCUACGAACCAUUACGUCCAUCUGAAAAAGACUUAUAUAUCGACUAUAUUCAUUACUCUCGCAUAAUGCCCAUUUCAAAGCGCAUGUAUCGUCGUCCAAGGAGUGAUAAAAAUGUCAGGAAAAGAUCGAUGAGUGGAGAUUCACAAAGUUCAAAGAAAGUUAAAAUCGAAGAGGAGGAUGAGAAAGAGUCUGAACAAGAUACUACGUCACUGUUUUCAUCGCAAGAUUUACCGAUUAACGUUAAGGCUCCAAGACCGGAUCCGGAAACGCCAUGCAUUUGGUAUCCCGAAGAUGAUGAGUUGUUGAUGACAUUGGCAAAACGAUUCCAAUAUAAUUGGGAGUUGGUAGCUGACUCAUGGAAUUCCACUCGUGGUGGUAUAAUUGGUUUCCCAAGAACGCCAUGGGCUUGCUAUCAGAGAUGGGCUCAAAAGGACAAUUUAUCUCGAUUUGUUAUUCAUGAGAACGAAACUUCAAACGAAGGUUCGAGUGAAAUUCUGGUGAGUGAUGGCGCAAUUGAUGCACCAUCAUCAUCAAUAGCUGGUGGUCCAUCUACAUUAAUAAAUGUAAGACCAAAGAGAGAUAUAAUGCCAAAGAAAAUUCCAAAACCUGACAUUCCAAGAGUACGUCGGAAUUCAAGUUUGCUCGAUGUAAUGAAGAAAUCUGCAAAGAAACGCCAGGACAUGCUUUUGAAACAAUCACAAACUAGAAGAAACAACGACCAACCUGGUCAAGUUGUUCAUCAAGUGCCUGGUCCAAUUGAACUGAGUAAAUUGAAAUCAGAGAACGAACGUCGGUACCAAGCGCAUUUAUUGGAGCAACGUCAGGUUGCAGCCCUUGCCUUUCAGUCACAUGUUAGGGCACCCACAGGAUUACCUUAUGGUGGUAGACCACCGAUCACCACGCAAAAUCAACUUCAAGCAUAUGUGAUGCAACAACAGCAGCGACAAGUGAAUACUAUUGCAGUUCAGCGUCAUUCCACCCAGCAAAUUACUUCCGCAAUGACCCAACAAUCAAUGAAUUUUUAUAACAACGUUCGAAUUCAGCAGGCGCAACGUGCACAUAUAUUACAAGGUGCCCAAACAUCAUCACACCAAAAUCAACAACAGAUUUCUCAACAACAUCAACAAGUCGGACAACAAUCACCGCAACCCCCUCCUCAGUCACAACAACCGACGCUACAACCACAAACCACACAAGCCCCACAACAGUCACAACAGACCACACAACAAUGA